AUGGAUUUUGACUUCGAUAACGUUGAGCAGGCUGAGCCAGAUGUCAUUGUACACGAAGCCGAUAGAAGAUUUGGCCUAAAGUCGCUGAAUUUGAUGAAUGAUUUACGGAAAUCAGAAACGCUCUGUGAUGUGACGAUUUGCGUGGGUGAUAAGACUUUCCGAGCACACAAGAUUGUAUUAGCAUCGUGCAGUAGUUAUUUCUGGGCCAUGUUUACAGGGGAUAUGGCUGAGUCACAGCAAGAUAGUAUUGUAAUGAAGGAGGUAGACGCCCAUGCCAUGGAACUACUUGUAGAAUAUGCAUAUACAGGACGUAUUGAGAUUCGUGUAGAGACCGUUCAACAGAUACUAUAUGCAGCAUCAUUAUUACAGCUACCGGAUGUACAAGUGUCCUGUUCAGGCUUUUUGAAAAGACAGUUGGAUCCAACAAACUGCUUAGGAAUUCGUAAUUUUGCCGACUUGCACACUUGCAUGGAUUUAGUUAUAGCCUCAGAGAGAUAUGCUCAGAAGCACUUCAGUGAAGUGGUGAAAGAGGAGGAAUUCCUACUGUUGCCGAAGCAACAACUCAUAGAUUUAAUUUCCAGUGAGGAGUUAAAUGUGAACUGUGAAGAGGAAGUGUACAAUGCAAUAAUGCGGUGGGCUUAUCAUGACAAAGAACUGCGCAAAGAUGACAUUGCUGACCUUUUACAGAGGAUACGUCUUCCGCUUCUUUCGCCCAAUUUUCUUGUGGACACUGUGGAAGCGGAGGAACUUAUAAAACAGGACAUUAAGUGUCGGGAUCUUCUUGACGAAGCCAAGAAUUAUCACAUGCUGCCUGAUAGGAGGUCAAAGUUCAUGCGAGAAAAGGUGAAACCUAGGAAAUCCACAGUAGGAUUGGUUUACUGUAUAGGUGGUAUGGACACCACAAGUUACUCCUUAAACUGCGUUGAAAGAUAUGACUUCAGUAGCGGUAAAGUUAGCAUUGUAGCCAGUAUGAACACACCGCGGAGUGGAGUUGGUGUUACUGUGAUUGACGGCAAGAUUUAUGCAGUAGGUGGACAUGACGGUACACAGUAUCUAAGCAGUGUAGAAUGUUAUGACCCUGCUACAAAGAGAUGGCGCUAUGUCUCAUCCAUGACUCGACCAAGACGUUACGUAGCUGUCGGCACACUCAACGGUAUGCUGUACGCAGUAGGAGGAUAUACAGGUACACUGGUACUAGAUGAUGUCGAAAUGUAUAACCCCAAAACAAACCACUGGAAAUUUGUGCCUUCUAUGAAUUGUAGACGUCGACAUGUUGGUGUAGGUGUAGUAGAUGGUUACUUGUAUGCUGUAGGGGGACAUGAUGGCAAUAAUUAUCUUAAAAGUGUUGAGAGAUUUGAUCCAGACACCAAUACUUGGACAAUGAUGUGCAGCAUGGGUGCUAGGCGAGGUGGUGUAGGAGUCGCUGUACUUGGCAAUAGACUGUAUGCAAUGGGUGGUUAUGAUGGCACUUCUAAUCUUAGUACACUAGAGAGGUACUACCCAGAUGAUGACAGAUGGAACUUUGUUGCACCUAUGAACCAGUGUCGUAGUGGGCUUGGUGUGGCUGUUGUAGGAAACUUGAUUUACGCAAUUGCUGGACAUGACGGGGCCCACUACUUAAAUACAGUUGAGAUAUUUGACCCGCACCUGGGGGAAUGGUCAAGCAAAGGAACUAUUGGAUCUAGCCGUGCCGUUGCAGGGGUGGCAGUGCUAAAUGAUAGAGUAUGACAACAAGUGUACAUGAUAUU